AUGUGCCCGUGCCCCCUGCACCGCGGCCGCGGCCCCCCGGCCGUGUGCGCCUGCAGCGCGGGCCGCCUGGGUCUGCGCUCCUCCGCCGCGCAGCUCACGGCCGCCAGGCUCAAGGCGCUCGGCGACGAGCUGCACCAGCGCACCAUGUGGCGGCGCCGCGCGCGGAGCCCGAGGGCGCGGGUGCCCGGCGCGCUCCCCACCUACUGGCCCUGGCUGUGCGCGGCCGCGCAGGUGGCGGCGCUGGCAGUCUGGCUUCUCGGCAGGCGGAACUUGUAGGAACGCGGGGCUGCGUGGUGGGGCCAGAGCCGAGACCCAGCCGGAUCGAGCAACAGGUUGGCGAAACCCUGUGUCCUUGGAGAAAGCUGGUUCCCGUUUUCCUGAGGGGGAGCCCAGAGCUUGCAAUGCCACGGUUGGUUGGCGCUUCGAGAAGGAAGUGGAGGAUAAAGACGGCACCUGGAGUGAUAGUAGAAAUGCGGAAUGGGACUGGGGAAACCCUUGGGGAAGCCAGCUGCAGCAACAGACACCCCAAUGCUAUUUCCAUAUUGCUCUAUAUAUACAACAAAAAGAGAAAAUAUGAAUAUUACGAAUCAGUGCAUGCCUUGUCGAGGACGUGGUCCCUUCCCUUUCUGCACCUUGCGAUGUGAACUCUGAUACUUUGUAAUGUCUGGGGCACCUGAAGAGAUGCUCGCUGCUGUGUACCUAGGAAAUUUGCAAAGACUGGUGGGGUCAGCCUCAGUGUCUACCAAUGCCUGGGCACAGAUGCUGGUGGAAUAAGAGGUAAAAUUGCAAAAGGCAAGCGAGAACUUGGGGCCAACUCUCUAGGGGCAUCCCGGGGUACCUCCAUUUCUUGACAUGUCCUAGCCUCUCUCUCUCUGUCUUCAUCGAGUCAGAUUGCUAGAUCCCACGGUCACAAUCAGCGAAAUGGGAUGCCCCCCCAUCAAUCUGGUGUCUCUGGUGCUUCUCUUUCAAUUUUGCUGGUGCUAAGUGUGUUUUUCCUGGCAUUGCCAUGGUCCUCUGUUGGCAGACCUGGAAGGCCGGGGGGAUA